CUUCGAGACUAUAAAAAGAUUCAUGACAAGACAAGUUCGGUUCUACGCCUCCCAUGAUCUCCAGAUGACUCUAGAACACAACUAUUCAAAGGCAAACCUUACACGACCGGACUUGAGUAGACCUGGGCUUGAAUCCUUUGCAGCAUACUAUAUCUUUGACAACCCAGUCUCAGUCAUCUAUCUGAAUCAUAACAACGAAAAGCGUCUAAUGUUUGUAGAUGAAAUUAACAAGUAUUGUGACGGAACUCUGAAGAUCAUCCAGGAGCAGCUUCGAUCAAAGAAAGAAGAACUUGGUCAGAAAUCAACCGAAGCCUCUAAAGAAGAACUGAAGGAACUACAUAGAAUUGACAACAUCCUACAGGCCAUCGAGAAGCAACUUGAUAGAAGAAGAUCACUCAGAAAUUAUGAGCACGCGUUGAACCUACGCAAACACUACUUCAAUGCUCAGAAGUAAAAAUAACCAGCAGGACGUCACUUGAUCACAAAGGGGGAGAUUGUUAGAACUUUUAUUGUGAGUCAAGUUUGUCUCUGUAAUGUCUUGUUUAAUAAAGUAGACUAGAUAUACCAUUUAUGGUAUUAGAUUAGUAAUCAUUUUGUAAUAAAUGGGUUAAAGGGAAUAAGGCUCAAAAAGGCCUUGGCCCAAAUCCCAAGGUUUACCUAAUUCGGUAACCUGUAAAGCGCCUAUAAAUAUGCGCGUUUUGUACAGGUUCCGAUAUCGAUUAAUACACUCUAGCCUUACGCUGCCAAAAUUGUUCUCGAUACAAUAGAAAGAAAGUUUUCUCUGUUCUCGAUAAUCUCUAUAUCAUUCUGUGAAAUCUUUCUUCUCUGUUUAUCGAUGAUGUCCAUCUAGCUGAAUGUUAGUCUGCAUAAACUGGGACCAACAAGAAGAAAGGAGACUUGUCAUGAAAAAUGCUGAUGCAAAUUGGCUUCCCAAUUCUGGAAGAGUUUAGCAAACUGGCAGUAGGCAGAAAUCUAGAAAAGAAUUUCAGAUUGAAAACAAGUACUGGGAAAAUUGAGAGCCAAUCAUCCAGUGUGAUACAAUCACAGCCUUCUAUCAGCAAACGAAUGCGCAAGGAUUUGGUGGAUAAACCUGAGUAGCUUAGCAGUCCGGAGUAAAACCAUAUUUAGACUACAGAGUGCAUCAUUGUAUAUAGAAGUAGCUAGUAAACCCAUGUGUUGUUCUGCUAGGUGUUCAAUACAUGUUUUGAUAUUAUUAGCUGUGGUGCAUAGUACCGUCUUUACUACGGGUUUCGUCGAGUUGGAUAUGCAAUGUUGCUAUGUUAUGAAAAUUUGGGUUGAUGCUAUUUGUCAGGUUGACCCCUUUCCACCAAAAAAUCAAAAAUCAAAAUCCCCAAGUCUGAACUUAUACAUAUACACGUAUUCAUUUAUAAACAACCCAUGACAACAAUAUAUACAUAUAUAGUAAUCAUAGUAUGUCUAACUUACGUUAGUCACCCAACAAUCAUACAAAUCAACAACAAGCUAAGGAUUUACAAAAAAAAACCUAAACCGAAUUUUCUUUUUUCUUUGCUUUUUAUAUCAGAUGAAUAAAGCCAUACUAAAAUACUACGGAGUAACAUUUACUGGACUAAUUGAUAGCUAACACCACAAACUGCUGAAUAUUUGUUUAUUAAUAACAGAUUUCUGAUAAAACAAUCAGAAAUCUGUCAGAUGGCAUUACAUUUAAAGGUUUUCCUUUUAACUUUUCUCUCUCAUUGAAUAGCAUUCUUAAAUUAAAUUUGACGUAUACUUUGGGAUGGGUGGGGUGCAGUACAUUUUCAAAUUGCACUUUAUGAACACAAGUUAUCAAUUUUAUAUAAAACGAGAUAGAGCUAACAAGCAAGGAUGAGAAAUUACACAUAUACAGA